GACAGAGAAACUAGGGUGUGAGUUAGUGCGCAGAGUCUUUGACAGAGCAUCAUCUCAAGAAAGAGGAGGCCGGUUGGAAACAAUGCCCCUUUCCUUCGGAUAUUCGCUUCGUGAGACAUAUGAGCAGUGACUGCUUUCUAUGACCACAUUGGAAAUCUAAUAUCUCAGUGGGAUUAGCUUGUUAGCAUUGGCAUUACUGGUCUAUUCAAGCUAACGGUAGCUUAGCUAGCUGACCCAGAAGCUAACAAGUAUAAGCAAUUUAAAUCUGAACACGAGUUCUUCGCAGACCCACAUACCUUCUACUACGAGUAAAUGGUUCUACCACCAGUCGGCCAGUGUUAACCAGGUCACAUUGUUGAGCUAACGUUAGCUACUGGGUGUAGCCUUUAGCAAGCUAGCGUUAAUGUCUUCAGCUGUCACUACUUUUCAAUGGGAGAGUAUGUUGGUUAAUGAUCUCAACAAUUGUUGAAAAUGAACUAAAACUUGACUCAACAUGAAUACGAGUCAAGAAAUAAGACUUACUUAGCUUCACGACAUUACUCGAUGGUUUUUUCAAAGGAUAUAUAUGAGCUAACAAUACCUGGGAAGGAGCGAAGUAACCGAAACAGGGCAGACUUAAAGUGUAGAUGCCUUGGCUGAGAUGAGUGUGAAGGCUUUUGAGCUUGUCCCCGCUGUGGAGCGAGAUCUCCUCAUGGGCGACAAGGCUCGCAUCAACAUCGAGUGCAUCGAAUGCUGUGGAAAACACCUGUACUUGGGCACCAAUGACUGCUUCAUCCACCACUUCCUGCUCGACGAGGUCACUUCCCCCAAAGGGAAACUGAGUUACUCUGCUCAGAAGCUCCUGCACAAAUAUCUGGGCCUCAAGAAACCAGUUGCUGAGCUGCGUGCCGCCUCCGCUUUGGAGCGUCUGAUAGUGCUUUGUGAUGGAAUAGUGUUCCUGGUUGACAUGGUGACUCUGGAGACCGUGCCCUCGGCGGCAGGAGGUGGAGCCAAGAUCCGAGGUGUGACCGCAUUCUGCAUCAACGAAAACCCUGUAAACGGCGACCCGUUCUGUGUGGAAAUGGGUGUGCUUUCCUCCAAGCGCCGUACGGUGCAGAUCUACAUGGUGCAUGAGGACAGAGUGCAGCUGGUCAAAGAGGUGACCACCCCUGAGCAGCCCUGUGCCGUCAGUGUUGAUGGUUACUUCUUGUGCGUGGCCCUUGCUACACAGUACAUGAUUCUGAACUACAACACAGGAGCCUCCCAAGACCUCUUCCCUUACAACAGUGAAAGGAGGACACCUAUUGUGAAGCGGAUCGGCAGGGAGGAGUUCCUCUUAGCAGCACCUGGUGGUCUGGGAAUGUUUGCCAAUGCAGAAGGGGUGUCUCAGCGGGCUCCAGUCAACUGGUCAGAGAGCGUGAUUGGUGCCGCUGUGUGUUUUCCGUACGUGGUUGCUUUGGACGAAAGCUUCAUCACCAUCCACAGCAUGUUGGACCAACAGCUAAAACAAACCCUUUCAUUCAGGGAUGGACACAUUCUGCAAGACUUUGAAGGAAAGGUCAUUCUGGCUUCCACUAAGGCCGUGUAUAUCCUGGUGCCGCUGCCCCUGGAGAGACAGAUCCAGGACCUACUGGCCGGUCACAGAGUGGAGGAGGCGCUCCUCCUCACAGAGGGAGCGCAGCAAAAUAUUCCCAAAGAAAAGUUCCAGAUUUUGCAUAAAAGAAUCCUGCAGCAGGCCGGUUUCAUCCAGUUUGGCCAACUUCAGUUUCUAGAAGCAAAAGAACACUUCAGGAAGGGCCAGCUGGACGUGCGGGAGUUGAUAUCUCUUUACCCGCUGCUGCUGCCAGCUUCCUCUCCGUUCACACGCUGCCACCCGCCCCUCCAUGAGUUUGCAGAUCUCAACCACUUGGCACAGGGCGACCAGGACAAAGUGCUGCGCUGCAAGAAAUUCCUCAUCAGUUAUCUGGGAGAGGUACGAAGCACAGAGACGGCUAACGGCUGUGGAGAGGACGUGGACACGGCGCUGCUGAAGCUGUAUGCUGAACAGGAUCAUGACAGCCUCCUAGACCUGCUGGCUUCAGACAACGCCUGCCUGCUAGCAGACAGCGUCCCAUGGCUGGAGAAAUAUAACAAAUAUUUCGCACUUGGUCUGCUCUAUCGCUGUAACGGUCAGGAUUCAGCAGCACUUCAACUGUGGAUUCGGGUUGCAGAUGGGGAUCUGCAGGACUCCACCAGGUCUGACCUUUACGAGUACAUUGUGGACGUUCUCUGCUCCUGCUCCACCCUGGACCUUGUGUGGAAGUACGCAGACUGGGCCUUACGGAAGGAUCCCACCAUGGGUGUGCACAUCUUUACCAAGAGGCCUGCCAGUAAAGAGCUUCCACAACUCAAGCCUGAUGAUGUAAUCUCUUACCUGGGAGAGCACAGCCAGGCGCUGCUUCUCUACCUGGAGUACCUGGUGCUAGAGAGACAGAUAAAGAAGGAGAAGUUCCACACUCACCUGGCCAUGUUGUACCUGGAGAAGGUCUUGUCCCUGUUGUCGAUGUCACCAACAGACAAAGAGAAGAUCUCCAGCUCAAGAGAGAUGCUCCAGGCGCUGCUCAGGGGGUCCAACCUUUACCAUGCAAAGUCUCUUUUGGGUAAGAUGGAGAACUGUGAACAACUGCUGCUGGAGCGUGCCACACUACAUGGGAGGCUGGAGGAGCACGAUAAAGCGCUGCAUCUAUUGGUGCACGAGCUCAGAGACUUCCCGUCUGCAGAGGCCUACUGUGUGUGGGCCUCUGCUAGUCGGGAUUUGGCGUACCGACAGCAGCUAUUCCACCUGCUCUUGGGGAUUUACCUCGACGGAAACCCCGCGGGUAAACCCCAGGCUCCAGCAGGAAGUGGAGAGCUGGCGAUGGCAGCAGUGGACCUCCUGAAUCGGCACGGCGAGGUGUUUGAUGCCGUGCGCGUCCUGCGCAUGCUCCCUGAGGGCUGGUCGCUCCAGCUGCUGCGGCCCUUCCUGGGUCGGGCCAUCAGGGCCAGUGUGCACGCCAGCCGCACCUCCCAGAUUGCUGUGGGGCUGGCGCACUCUGAAAACCUUCAACUGCUGCAUGACAGGUUGAAAGACCGUAAGAAACCAAUCUUUGUGUCAGAGAAGAAAGGAUGCCACCUCUGCCACAACACCUUCAGUGAGCCAGACGUGGUGUGUCUGCCAGGUGGAGUGCCUGUCCACACCCACUGUGUGGCCCAGAGAGUAAGAGACUCUCCCACAAAGAGACAGUUAACUAAUAGCAGUAACCACACGUGAUACUUUUGGCACCAAACAAAAGCAGGACCCGCUUGUGGGGACUGAGGACUAUGGGGAGAACAAAAAGCCCACAACACCCUUUGCCAUAGUGGUGUGCUAAGGGAGCUGAUGAGAACACACAGACUGCAAGUUAUUCCACUAUCGGGGCUGCACUGGCUUGUAAGAUGAUGACUCUAUUUUUUGCAACUUACAAUCUGGACACGGUGCAUUUGCAUUGCUUCCUCCCUGAUUUAGGUGGUGAUAAUUUGCACAUGAAGCAGUGAAGUGAGUUGCGAUUUCAAGUGGUUACUGAAGACGUGUUUUAAUGGCAGGUGUGAAAUGACAAAUUUGGAGCUUUCCUCUAUUGAUCGUGUCACCAUCGACGCAUGUCACUGCCAGGCUUGAAGCAGGAUUAAGAAACGACAGCUUAGUCACAUCCGGCCCCCGUUACCCCAUUUACCAACAGAGAAUUUAUUUAGAGACAGGCUCCUAUGCUUUUUUUAAAUGGGUUGUGCCGAUCAUCACCUCUGCUUCAACAGUUUUUAAACCAGAACUUGAGAAACUGCUUGAGCUAAUGAACACAUAUUCGAGACCUGCUGCAAAUAUUGUCAAAGCAUGCAACGUAAUACAACUUACAGUUCUGAUCUCAUCACCUCCUCAUACGGCUAUUGUAUUUAUAUUGUCCUAACUUGCACAUUGCGAUGUUGGGCUUUAAUGUGAAAUACUACAAAUAUUCAUCAUUACUGAUGGAAUAUGAGUCGUUAUUUGUCUGUCUUUUACUCUGUGGGAUGUGCACUCACUGCUGCUUUAGUUUCCCCUCGGCCAUCAGGGCACAGAAUGUUUUACUCACAGCAAUUCAGUUCAACAUUUUGAUCCAAACUUAUUUUUCGCAGCUGGAAACUGUUGUCUGUGGAGCAAUAUCGGUGUAAGACACUACAUGAAGUCCCACAUUGCUCCUCUGUACCUGGGGAUUCAAUCCUCAAACUGCAUCAAGGACCAAUCACGCUGACUCUAAAACUUCCAAUUUUUCUUUGAAUUUUUGAAUUUUUAAUCCUGUUGACACAAAACAAAUGGCAUUUAGUGGCAAUUUAAUUUAUAGUUGGAGGGCCAAUGUAGUUUAUUUUAAUUUCGUAAUACAAUUUGACAUCAGGACGGGCGCUCAGGCCAUUUUCAAUUUGAACUUGGGUGUUUUCUUUCAAAGUUAACACAUUGUGAGACAUGAGUAACUUGGCUGUAGAAGUAUUUUACCACAAGCUGGCAUCAAUGUGUAAAAUGUUUAAAAUAAACUACAGUUGGAACAUGAUGGAAAAAAAUAUUACUGUAUUUGUUAUCACUAUUCUAAAUGCCCUUAAAUACCCUUUUUAAAUUGUGGUUUAAUAAAAAUAAGUGCUUCCUUCAGGUUGCAAUUAUAAUAUGAGGCAACAGUAGAAAGAUAUUUUGACAGUGUAUAGGACUAGCAUGAAAACCUUCCAGUUUCCAGUAUAUAUGGAAAAAGAGCAUGGCAUUCCUAACAAGCUUGGCCAAUAUCUGUCAGAAAAAGGCAUUAUAUUGCAUUGCACCAUAAGCCUUGCUUUUUUUUUAUUAAAUUGCAUUUCCAGGAACAACACCUUAGCUCUCAUAACAGCCAGAGUUUUAUCUUUAAUUCCCACAUCAUGACAUCUUUCUCAAAAUAGUUAUUUCAUGUAGAACUCCUUAAAUUGACGGACCACCGGUUUGUCCUUUAGUGCUUUCCAAAAGUCUGGUAUGAGUAGCUAUACAAAGUGCAGCAAUUGUGUUGACAUGCAACAAUCAGGGACAUAUCCCCAAAUGUGAGCUUGAUGGGAAGCUUUGCUAAAAAUAUUUCAUAACAGAAAUGGAAAAACAUGGUUCUGUAACGCUGCUUAAAUCCUCUCUCCUCCUAUCUCUCAUCCAACACCUGUCUCUCAUCCUAGAAGUGUGCCACUGUCAGCUUCUUGCUAAAGAUGCUCACUCAGAUUGAUUUUGACCAUUUGACAACAACUAAACCUCUAUACUGUUGUGUUUGUUUCUCCGAUGCCUGUGAUAUCUAUGCUAGCCUUCUAUAACUGCAACACAUCUCUGUGAGGGAACUCUGUGCAAACAUGGGACUAUUUUUCUAACAUGGAGAUCUGAAUGUUGUAGAUUCUGUUGACUUGACUCACUUUCCAUGGUGGGAAUUCACAUCUGAUGCACAAAUCAACAGUUUUGGUGUAGCUUGCUUGAAAGGCCUCCUAACCAUGACUUUAAAUUUCAAACAUUACAUUUGUGUAAAAAAAAUACUAUUGUAUUUUAUAAUUAUAUGUAUAUACUGCAUUUGUACUUGUUUGUUGCUUUCUAAAUCAAUGCCACUGUGGAUGGUGUACAAACUGUAAAUCCGUCCCAUUUUAAUAAACAUGAAACUACUAUA